UGAUGACUUCUUUUGAAUCCCCUCUACAUUUCCCAUAAUGUGUUUUUGCAAAAGAUUUAAUAUCCUUUUUUUCUCUCUCUCGAUGUUUCACUAUUUUUUGUUUUAAUAGUGCCUAUCGGUAUUGCGUUGGGUGUGAGCGGUAUUGGACUUAUUUUGAUAUCCAUCAUUUCUGCUAUGAUGUGCACUACAUGUGGAAAGAGUGAGAGCCAUCCACCAGAUGCCGACGAUAGUGACCUGGAGCAAAAGCAAGUUGACCUGGUUCAACCUAGUGAUCUUCAUCAGCCUGUCAUUAGUGGCUCUGGACAACUUGAUGGCACUGCAAACCUGCGUUUGACAAUAGUGCAAGCAGAAAUAACUGAACCACCAACUAGUCCAGUCCAUGGGCAGACAAGGGGCAUACAACUGAUACAAGAACACAACGGUUCACAGAUACAGACGCAGCAACAGGGCCAGACACUGGAACCAGAACUGGUCAAUGGCCUGGACCACGCACUGGACCAGGCACCGGACGAGGCACCAAUACGCACCCCGACCGAUGCACAGGUUCUGGCUAAUAUACAGACACAAGCAGACAUAAAGAGGCUGGCCAACGCUAGAAGGACGGAGCUUACGGCGAGUGGUUACAUGAUGGUUACACCAACCAAGCCUCCAAAACAACCGAUCACUGGGGCAGACAGGAAUCCAACAUACCCGGACGGUGCAUACAUGUCUAUGCGCGCCAUACGACAUGAUCUGAGAGAACUCGAUCAACGUCGUGGCUCUCACGGUGAGCUCAAAGGUACAAAUCUUUACCCAGUUCUGCAAACUAGUGAACCGUUUCACACUUACAUGAAUUCCAAUGGCCCGAGACACGUCGAGGAGCCGAACUCACCAGAGCUACACAGAAACAGUAUCUACCAUUACGCCGUUCCUUCGCAGGGCCGAAGACCACUGGAUGAACCAUCAGCACCUGUCUAUGACCGCCCAAUGCUGCCUGCCCGUUCUCUCCCGACCCCUUCCAAGCUCAUCAGCGAGACAUGGGAGAAAGACGGUAUAACAUACAUCAAUGGCAACAUCAAACCGCCUCCCAGAGUGCUGCCGCAGCAAGAGAAAAAAGAAAUUGUUUAUUACUGAAUAUACAUAACAUUUCAAAUCAAAUGACUUUGAAUGCUUGUUCGGAUUUGCCGCGGUAAACCACUGGUUAUUCUUUACGUGUCUCCUAGACAGCCACCACUAGAACAAUUAUAACUAGAACGAUGACAGGAUCACGUCCACUCCCCCCAUCCUAUCCUCCCAAAGGGAUUUGUUUUGGACCAUCACAAAAAUAUACAUGUAUUAUUACACAAAGUAUACUUAAAAAGUCUCGAUGAGUCGUUUACGUUUAUAUAUGUAUAUUUGUUUAUAUAUAUGGCAUGAUUUGUUUUACUAUGAUGUAACAAUACGUAAUCCCGUACGUUUCGGAUAAUUAUAUUGUCAAGCAACGCACCAUUUUAACGCAAUGCGCUUUACUUAUUGUGUGUAUAAUAAUUUGUUGAAAUUGUUUGUAAUUUGUAAAUUUGAAUUUGCGAUCUAUGAUGUAACAAUAUUAUACAAAUAAUACACAGCAGUGAUAUGAGGGCAUCAGUAAGAAUUACGCACUCUAAGUGCCUUUGGAACAGUCCUACACCCGAGGCGAUAGCCGAGGGUGUUUGGACUGUU